GAAAAUCAGCCAAUGCGGCUGAGAGGCCGGACCGUGACAGCCGGCCCUUGCCAUGGUGAUUGAAGGCUGCCCUUGCCGUGUUCGAACUCCCCACGCUACCGCCUAACCACCCAACAGCCACAACAUCAGUGCUUCGCGAUGGCUGACAGACAGAGACUGGCGGGCAUGUUAGAGAAGCAAAGUCGAUGGCGCAAAGAGUGGUCAGAGCGAUUCUUUGUAAUGGAAGAGGAUUGCAUUCGAUACUUUGUCUCGCCGCCGGCAUUCCUGGAAGACAAUGCAGAGGAAAGUCGGGGAACGCUUCAUCUAGCAGGACUGAUUGCCGAAGCGGCCCAGGAUCUGGGCCGGCCAUACUGCAUUCGAGUUGGAAGAGACCUUCUCAGCUGCAAGACAGAGCCGGAGCAAAGAAGGUGGCUGCAGGCUAUCAAUGCUGCAGCAGGAGCCUUUGACGUGAACGUAGGCCGUGAGCCUGUCCAGAGGCAAAGGUCAGUGGCUUCAGCCGACGACAAGGAGCCUGAUUUGUUUUUGAUGCAUGCUGAUGGGCGCCAUCAGGUGGUUGGUUGGAGACAGCCCGUGACUGUGCAGCUUGCUUCUCCUUCCAGCUGCGCUUUAGUCCUGAUACUGGACGCCUCGCUCAGCGAGCAAUCAGGGCGUGCGCUGCAGGCACUCUGCAGACUCCCUUUGCAAAGCUGCCAGCCACGGACAUCCGCAUCGUUUCCGGUGGAAUUCCUUGGAGCAGGAGAAGCAAUGGAAAAGUCUCUAUCUGUUCAAGUGCUUGAGACCACUUCUGUGAAGACGAGCUUUCAAAUGCUUCCUUUGAUUCUUGGAGUUGUGAGCGUUGUUUCCUCCGUCCUUUGGCUGUGGCGGUUGGAGACUUCAGGAAUGGCCGUUGCUUUGCUGUGGAAUGCUUGGCAUUGGAGCCAGACACUUCCAGCCCGCCAGAUUACAUUUUCAGUAGAGCGUCUGGUCAAACUUGAACAGGCUCCCCGACAUGUCGAGACAGUGGACCCCCGGGAACCGGAAGAAAAUGAAGGGCCACCUGCUUGGUCUGGAGUCUGGACUUUGGACAAAGCCUGCAGUGAGAAAUAUGAAAACAUUCUGAAGGACAUGGGCGUGAAUUAUUUGAUCCGAAAAGCUGCAGAUGCGAAAACGUCUGUGCUAGUGAUUUCAAAGUCUGCGACCCACGUGACGUUCAUUGUCAAAAAUCUGGUGACUGUUGAAGACGUGCUACCAGUGGAUGGCACCUGGGUCCACAAGCCAGUGCCUCCAGCUGGGAGAAUGAAGGGUGAGAUGCGAUUGAGACUCUCCAAGUGCACACACAACGAACUGGAGAUGAUCACGGAGUUUCCACCUGGUGAGGGUGGCCUUUGUGACACGUUGGUUGUGAGCAAUGGAGGGUCGGCCUUUUCCAGAAGGGUCGUGCGAACCCGCAGCGAUGGAAGCCAAUUAGAAUGCACCCGUGUUUUUAGAAGAACUUGAUUGGCUCGGGCGUUCAUUUGGCCCCGUUCCUUGCAAAGGACCCGCGAGUACUGUAGAAGUCGCUUUGCCAGAUCCCAUCAGGGUGCGAAAAGGCAGAAAAUAUGGGUCGACUGCGUAAGUGAAUAUGUGGAAUCCACU